UUCCUGGGUCCUGGAACCUGCUCUUGGCCACCAGAAGGUCCAUGGAGGUUCCUCAGAGGGUCCCUAGAAGGUCCCUGGACGAUGUGGGGGGGCUUCUCCUGGGGCAGGAGACGUAGUUAUGGGUCCGACCUCUUCUUGGGGGGGGGUUCCUAAGUUGAACCCCCACCCUGUGACCCCCCCCCAGGCUGGGUGAGAUGGUGAAGGUGCCCCAGAGAGUCCAUUGAGGUUCCUCAGAGGGUCCCCAGAAGGUCCCUGGAGGUCAGGGCUGGUUUCCUCUGGCCCUUUCUGGGGCGGGAGACGUAGUUAUGGGUCCAACCUCUUCUUGGGGGGGGGUUCCUCAGCUGAACCCCAACCCUGUGACCCCCCCCCAGGCUGGGCGAGAUGGUGAUGGUGCCCCAGAGAGUCCAUUGAGGUUCCUCAGAGGGUCCCCAGAAGGUCCCCAGAGGUCAUGGCUGGUUUCCUCUGGCCCUUCCUGGGGCAGGAGACGUAGUUAUGGGUUCUACCUCUUCUUGGGGGGGUUCCUCAGCUGAUUCCCCCCCUGCAGAGAGUCCAUUGAGGUUCCUCAGAAGGUCCCCAGAAGGUCCCUGGAGGUCAGGGCUGGUUUCCUCUGGCCCUUUCUGGGGCGGGAGAUGUGGUUAUGGGUUCUACCUCUUCUUGGGGGGGGUUCCACAGCUGAUUCCCACUCCCCCCACCCCCAGGCUGGGCGAGAUGGUGAAGCUUUUCAUCGGGAACCUGCCGCGGGAGGCGACGGAGCAGGAGAUCCGCUCCCUCUUCGAACAGUACGGGAAGGUUUUGGAGUGCGACAUCAUCAAAAACUACGGCUUCGUCCACAUCGAGGACAAGACGGCGGCCGAGGACGCCAUCAGGAACCUCCACCACCAUAAGCUCCACGGGGUGUGCAUCAACGUGGAGGCCAGCAAGAACAAGAGCAAAGCUUCUACCAAACUCCACGUGGGCAACAUCAGCCCGGCUUGUACCAAUUUGGAGCUCCGAGCCAAAUUCGAAGAGUAUGGCCCCGUCAUCGAAUGCGACAUCGUUAAGGAUUACGCCUUCGUCCACAUGGAGAGGGCGGAGGACGCCGUGGAGGCCAUCCGGGGUUUGGACAACACCGAGUUUCAAGCAACGGCCGCACGCCCCCCCAGCAGGAGGAUCUCGACGGUGAAGCCCCAACUCUUGUGCCGAAAGCCGCUGCCGGGCUGUGCCGCCGGCGCGGCGUGAAGCCAGGCUUCCUCCUGCCUGGUAAGAGGUUGAGCCGGAGGCGCCGCAUCCCCGCGCCGGCCCGCGUCCUCGCCGGCGGCGUCGCUCGCUCGGGCUCUUUCCCGUUUUGCCGCUUUUCCGCACCAAAAACAAACAAAAAACCCACACAAACCCCCCCGAAAACGACACAACGACGAACCGCGGCGCGGGGCGCUUUUUCUUUUUUUUUGUUGUUGUUGUUUUUUGGUGUCAUUUUUCUUUUUUUUUUAAGUUUUUUGGGGUUUUUUAUUUUUUUUAAAUGCUUUUUUCCAAACUUCCUUCUCGUCGCCGCGGAUUUCCAGCUCCGGACUCUCUCGGUGUUUUGGGUUUUUUUUUGGUUUUUUUUUUGGUUUUUUUUUUGGUUUUUUUUUUUUUGAUUCGGUGCCGGAUCUUCUAGUUCUUCACCCCAAAAAAAAAAUAUUUCUCUCGCCGGUUUCUUCGCUUUUGGGGGGAUUCGCUCGCCCCCCCACACCCCCUUUUUUCCGGCGUUUUCACCCCAAAAAACCAACCGAACGCAAACUCUUCUCCGGUCGUUGCCGCGGGCGGUGAAUCCGGCCUCGUUAUCCCGACGCCGCGGAAGCGUUUUCCGGCGGGAAGCUUUGCCGUUGAGAACGGGGGCUAACGGUUGCCGGUGGCAAGCUGCGCGCCGCUGGAGUUGCCGCUGGGCUGAUUGGUCGGAAUCCAGCCCGGGACAAGCUGGAGGGCUUGGUAGCCAACGGGGCUACCGUUGGUCGGUUGAGUUGCUAGAGCCCAGCCCGGUGAUCUGCGGGGUUACCGGUUGCCCGUGUGGCCAGUUGAGUUGCCAGAGUCCAACCCGGUGAU